CACAAUAAAGUUCCAAAAAGAGUUAAAAAUCACUUUAUCCUCUCAGAUUCUGAGAGAACUCACGAGCUUUCCUUACAUUUUCCACUCAAAUCGAUGAACUAAUUCCAAAUUUCUUCAAACAACAAGAACUACUUCAACAGAUUGAUUCCUCAUAUUCCGUCGCUUCCGCACCCGCACCCGCACCGGAGAUCAGCAGUGAAAAAAUGAGUAACGAUGCUAAGAGAAGCAUUCAAGGGACUCUAUUGGUGAAAUCUGUGUCGGAAGAUCGGAAACCACCGGCUGUCACCACUACUGGGAAGAAAAUUGUUAUCAAGAGUGCCGAUAUGUUUGGUGAUGUGCAGAAAAAGGCUAUUGAUGUCGCUAUAGCUGCAUUUGAAAAGCAUAGUGUAGAGAAGGAUAUAGCAGAGUGUAUUAAGAAAGAGUUUGAUAAGAGACAUGGACCGACCUGGCACUGCAUUGUUGGCCGUAAUUUUGGUUCGUACGUGACACACGAGACAAACCACUUCGUUUACUUCUACUUGGAUCAAAAGGCAGUUUUGUUGUUCAAAUCUGGUUGAUAAACAUGUAUAUUAUGCAGAUUAAUGAAUCUUAUUAACUGAUUUUAUGAUCAUCGCAGUUUAAUCAAAUGAUGAUAUCCUUUGUGGACAAGACAGCCUUCCCCAUUUGCACCUCUCUUUUUUCUUGUACCUAAUGAUUUUGCUUAGGACACUUUAGCCUUUAUAUUAGACAUAAUCAGCUUUGUUCACAGGCAUUAUGUUCAAAAGUAGUUUUUCACUUUCCUCUGUGUUGAUUGCAUUUGUUGCCGUUCUAUAUCAUCACGAGUUUCGAGUUGA